GAGGCUCGGCGUAUUUAAGCGAUCGAGUAGGGUGGCGGUCACACUGUUCAGCACACAGACCUGGUGGGCUGUAGCGAGUCUGUACCAUAGAUCGGGAUAUUACACUAUCAUCAUCAACUAGCGUAUCAGUCAUGAGAGGUAAACGGGAACACUCUCCAAGACGUGGGGACUCUGUCUGUCACAGGUCCUGUUCUUUAUCUACAAGAAAAGCUUUCAUUCGAUUAAUUGUGGAUACCAUUCUGUGGCUUAUUGUUGGCCUGCCUAUUUUACUACUCUACAAGACAGGGACGCCGUACCAUGCUGGUUUCUUUUGUGACGACCAGAGUCUCCGCUACCCCUACAAGGAUGACACCAUCCCCGAUCCUCUGCUGCUUGGCAUGGGCUUCUCCAUUCCCUUCUUCGUGAUGCUGAUGACAGAAGUAAUCCGCUGUUUGGCAUCCAGGGAACGAAGUUUGGCUAACCGAGACCUCCUCAUCUUCUGCAAAGGAGUAUGUGUGUUUGUUUUUGGUUUUACUGUCGUGGAGGUUUUCAUACAGGGCUUCAAAUUCUCCAUCGGCAGACCGAGGCCACAUUUCUUUGACGUCUGUCGUCCGAACUUCAGCAGUAUAAACUGUUCAGAAGGGUAUAUUACAAACUACGAAUGCACUGGGACGACCUACAGUGAGAAGAUCAUGAGAGAGAGCCGAUUCUCCUUUCUCUCUGGACACGCCGCCUUUUCCAUGUACGGAGCCGUUUUUACCAGUUUGUACUUGGAGAAGAGGGUGAGACUGACCUAUUCCCUGGUCCUUAAACCAGUGCUUCAACUGUCGUUGGUGGUACUGUCACUGGCUUGUUCUCUAACACGUUACUAUGACUACAAACAUCACGUGUCAGACAUCAUUGCGGGGCUUCUACUCGGAAUAUGCAAUGCCGUAUUCAUAUACAAAGCUCUGGGCGAGAAAGUGUUACAAGAUAGUAAUUGUAAACAAGUUACUUUGAAUCUUCCCCGAUUCGAAAAACCUAAUAUGUCCGGGGAAGCCCGAACUCCGACCCAAUUACUGCUCCGACAGGAUUCGUCAUUCACAUCCGCGGACUCGAGGGACUAUUUGUGCAAUAAUGGACACAUAAGAAGAACUGACAUUGUCUAGCGGAAUGAAUGUUGCUUUGUUUAUGGUAAUGUUCUCCUAAAUUCUAGUGAGGACAGACAAUGAGUCACCUCACUUUGAUGUGACAAAUGUUCUCAUUUGGUGAACUGCCUAGGCAUAGAAGUCCUGUCUGAACAUCCCAAGAUUGCGGAAUUUAUUGAGAGACUUCUAGUGUCGUUCCAAGCGGCAUUUUAUAUGUGGUAGUCAGCAGCAUUUAUAGAAAUAUUGCAAAAAACCAAUCCGUCCAUUCUACCACAGAAAAGGGGCAUUUAUAGACAUGAAGCUUGUGCCUUUCACGUCACUUCAGUAUGAAUGAAAGUAAAAUGGCAAAGCCAGCAAUUCUUCAUACUUUGUACAGAUCGUAAUGUAGGAUACAUCGAUGAAGCAGUAAAGCAUACCGUGUCCCACAAACUACAGUCACAGAUUGUUUGUUCUCGUGUUGUGAGAUCGACCACCAGCAGCACACAACCUCUGUCGGACUAAGGUGAAGAAUUUGUGGCUUUCGCGUGUGUUGUAACAAUGCACUGUUCUGUUACAGUAGGUCUAUUUGGGCUCAAUAACACGGAAACAUCAAAAGGAAAUGAAAUAUUGGUGAGAACUCUGACGUAGUGUAUACAACUACUAUGCCGUCCAGCCGACGGUGCUACGUCUUCUCUUUUUCAAUACCUAUUUAUAUACAAAUCCAUCAUACAACGCAUGCAUUUACGUCACUAAAAUAUCUACCUCAGAAUAAACAGUGUAUUUGAUGAAAUGUAUAUGUUUUUGACUUAUUUUGCAUUUAUCAUAAUUUAUAUGUAGACUUUGAACACUAAUAUGUUGUCCUUUGUGGAUGCGUCAUAAUAAAUAUUCACAGUAUGG